GUGUCACACUCACACUCACUACAUAUUUUUUAAAUUUGUUUUAAAAUUUUAAUUAUUUACAAAACCACAAUACCUAAAUAGAUUAAAAGGUUUAUAAUGAUUGAAGAAAAUAAUAAAACACUGUGGUGUGGUAACCUUCCGGAGCAAGCAACAGAAGAAUUGUUGUACGAACUAUUUUUGCAGGCUGGCCCAUUAGAGAAAGUAACAAUACCGCGAGACAGGGACGGCAGACAAAAGAACUUCGCGUUCGUAACCUUCUGUCACGACGUGUCUGUCCCUUACGCUAUCCAGUUAUUCCGCGGGACUUCCUUGUUUCACCGCACACUGACGCUGCAGUGCCGCGCCGGGAUGGCGCUGCUCCCGCCGCCGAUCCGCUGCACCACUCUCGACCAAUCAUUUGACUUCCUCGCCCAGACAAAUGUCAAGCAGCAGUUUGCAGACAUGACCAGGAACAUCAAUGAACACGAACAGAGAUUGAUUUACGCAACGAGGCAGCUGCAAGGUGGUGAGUUGGUGAUGGCGAGCUUGCAAGGUAACUGGUCGGCACCCAGACAUCACCCAUACAGGAAAGAUGAUAGGAGACAUGGCAAAGAUGAUUAUAAAAGCAGAGACGGACAGAAUAGGGAUGGAAAUGCAACUAAACACUGGAGAGACAGACGAAAUCAUUCUAAUGGGGGAAGGUAUAAUAAUAGAAAUACUAGAAGAAGAGAUUAAGUUGCUCAUUUUGAUUAAAUAACUUGUUAAAAAAACAUUCACACAUACAAGUGUGGUUGUAAAACUGUUUGAACACCUGUGAAUAUGAAGGUGAGUUUUCUGAAAAUUACUCAAAUUGCAUCAGAAGCAAGAAGUUAAACAAUGCAUUAUUAAAAUACAAAGUGAGUUUAAAACAUUUUAAUUAUGAUUUAUUUUUAAGUAUAUUACAUAAGCAUGGAUAGAUGUAAUUUUAUAGUGGCCAUAUUCUGUGGCUACAUAAUAAUAUGAUGUAAAGACAGGCAUUUCAGUUUCUUCCAAAUAAAUAAUUUAUCUUUGUACUUAUGUAA